UGUGGAGGUCAUGCCUUGUUCCUGUUACAUCAUCACCCUAAAUUAUGACCUCAGCCGCCCAAACUCUUUGAUCAGAGUCUUUUAUUCUUUCUUCCUCAUUCUAGCCCAUGCUUCCAAAGCUGACACCUCUUUCCUGGUCCUUCUUUGUGGACUUCCCCUCUGGCCUUUCUCAUAAUACCUUCUAGCCCACUGCAGUCCUGAUCCGACAUCUGAUUCUAAUCAUUCUCCCAUUCCUUCUCCAGACCUGAAGACCGGUCUGGGUUGGCCUCACACCCGAACAGGUGCGAUGCUCCUGAAUACCCCCAGAAGGCCAUGCUGCUUAACAGAUCCAUCUCUCUCUCCUCCCCCACUGCUAUCUGUUUUCCAAGAGUGAACAGCAGCACUGCCAGCUGAUCUGCUGCUUGCUGCCUCCAAUGCCUCUUCUAAUGUCACCACCGCCUCUGCUGUCUGCCGCUCUCUUCCCUCUUCGGGCCACAUUUUUUCUCCUUGUUAUUUUCUGCUCUCUCCUUUGCCUGCCACUACUGAAUAUCUCAACUUUGGCUUCUCAGGAACCAAAAUCCCGCCUUCUGGCCGGCAAACCAAUCACACAUAUUGUCUGCCAUCUCUACAUCUUUGGUUCAGCCCAGCUAUUUUGGUCCCUGCUCGCACUCUGAGAUUUCUCUCACUUUCCUCUGGGUUUACACCUCUUUCAGCACUUAAAGGGUGAUAGACACCUUAGAGUUGGUUAACUGAGCUAUAAAGGUCAGACUUCUGACACAGCUGGUGAUUGGCUAAUGGAUCUAGGUGUCAAAAGAUGGAAGAACUGGUUAAAGUCAUAUGGCUAUCUGCUUCCCUAUGACUCACGGGCACCCGCGCUGCACUCAGGGAAGGUCUUACAGUCAGCAGUCUCCACUAUGCAGCAGUUUUAUGGGAUCCCAGUCACCGGUGUGUUGGAUCAGACAACAAUCGAGUGGAUGAAGAAACCCCGCUGUGGUGUCCCUGAUCACCCCCACUUAAGCCGUAGGCGGAGGAACAAGCGCUAUGCCCUGACUGGACAGAAGUGGAGACAAAAACACAUCACCUACAGCAUUCACAACUACACCCCAAAGGUGGGGGAGCUAGACACACGGAAAGCAAUUCGCCAGGCUUUUGAUGUGUGGCAGAAGGUGACCCCGCUGACCUUUGAGGAGGUGCCAUAUCAUGAGAUCAAAAGUGACCGGAAGGAGGCAGACAUCAUGAUCUUCUUUGCUUCUGGUUUCCAUGGCGACAGCUCCCCAUUUGAUGGAGAAGGGGGAUUCCUGGCCCAUGCCUACUUUCCUGGCCCAGGGAUUGGAGGAGACACUCACUUUGAUUCAGAUGAGCCGUGGACACUAGGAAAUGCCAACCAUGAUGGGAAUGACCUCUUCCUGGUGGCUGUGCACGAGCUGGGCCAUGCGCUAGGACUGGAGCACUCCAACGACCCCAGCGCCAUCAUGGCGCCCUUCUACCAGUACAUGGAGACACACAACUUCAAACUGCCUCAGGAUGAUCUCCAGGGCAUCCAGAAGAUCUACGGACCCCCAGCUGAGCCCCUGGAGCCCACCAGACCCCUCCCCACGCUCCCCGUCCGCAGGAUCCACUCACCAAGUGAGAGGAAACAUGAGCGCCAGCCCAGGCCACCUCGGCCGCCCCUCGGGGACCGGCCGUCCACACCGGGCGCCAAACCCAACAUCUGUGAUGGCAACUUCAACACAGUGGCACUCUUCCGAGGCGAGAUGUUUGUGUUUAAGGAUCGCUGGUUCUGGCGCCUGCGCAAUAACCGGGUACAAGAGGGCUACCCCAUGCAGAUUGAGCAGUUCUGGAAGGGCCUGCCUGCCCGCAUAGAUGCAGCCUAUGAAAGGGCUGAUGGAAGAUUUGUCUUCUUCAAAGGUGACAAGUACUGGGUAUUUAAGGAGGUGACGGUGGAGCCUGGGUACCCCCACAGCCUGGGGGAGCUGGGGAGCUGUCUGCCCCGAGAAGGCAUUGACACAGCUCUGCGCUGGGAACCUGUGGGCAAGACCUACUUUUUCAAAGGCGAACGGUACUGGCGCUACAGCGAGGAGCGGCGGGCCACGGACCCUGGCUACCCCAAGCCCAUCACUGUGUGGAAGGGCAUCCCACAGGCUCCCCAGGGGGCCUUCAUCAGCAAGGAAGGAUAUUACACCUACUUCUACAAGGGCCGGGACUACUGGAAGUUUGACAACCAGAAACUGAGUGUGGAGCCAGGUUAUCCACGCAACAUCCUACGUGACUGGAUGGGCUGCAACCAGAAGGAGGUGGAACGGCGGAAGGAGCGGCGGCUGCCCCAGGACGAUGUGGACAUCAUGGUGACCAUCAAUGACGUACCAGGCUCUGUGAAUGCCGUGGCUGUGGUCAUCCCCUGCAUCUUGUCCCUCUGCAUCCUGGUGCUGGUCUACACCAUCUUCCAGUUCAAGAACAAGGCAGGCCCUCAGCCUGUCACCUACUAUAAGCGGCCAGUCCAGGAGUGGGUGUGAGCAGCCCAGAGCCCUCUCUGUCCACUCGGUCUGGCCAGCCAGGCCCUUCCUCAUCAGGGUCUCAGGGGCAGCUCUGGCCACUGCCCACCGGGGCCAGAAGGGCCCUAGGCCAGGGGUCGUGCAGCUGAAGUGGUAGGUACAUUGGCCUAGGCUGAGCAUGAGGCAGGGAGUGAUGGUGGCUGUGCCCCAGGGUGGGUGUCUGGCAGCCAGUUGCCAGCCUUCUGUCCUGGGUGAACUGCUCCCUAUGCAAGGGAAUAGGCCAGGCCCCAUCAGGAGGCAGGGACCAUGCCAGGAGGAGGCCCUGUGGUCACUGCAUCCUGUGGUUAUCAAUGAGGCACCACAGCUCUGUUCCUGGCUGGACCCACCACCUUCUGUGGAAGCCAGCACUAGCACUCUCAGCCCCCUCUGGGAGAUGCCACCAAUCCUGGUCCCCCUUUGCCAACACCUGCUGGUCAGAUGUCCCCCUGCCCCCACCCCACUGUCCUCUAAGGCUACAAGACCCCUGCUGCCAACAUGGCGGGCAACAAGCCCGGGUUUCCACUGCUGGCAUACAGCAGAUCCCUCAGGAAACCUGCUCCACAUCAGGGUCUCCUUUGAGAUCUAGGAUUUAGGGUCACAUGUUGCAGGCAGUGUUGUGGCCCAGCAAGGUCUGACAAGGACCCAGCUGUCACGUCGUGAAUAUUUAAAUGUCCUGUUACUACUGUUUUAAAAGUCCCAUUCUGCAAAGGCUGUUUGAGGCGUUAGGUGAAUUAGAGGUGACUAUCUUGGUGAUGAGGCCAGCGUGGCCGGCCCUUCCCCAGGAGACAAGGAACAAGGUGCUGCUAAGGCCACUCUAGCGCCUAGACACCCCAGGAGCUGGACCUGCUCAUGAGGCUAAAGGUCUGGGGCAGGAGCUGAUCCCAUCUCUGGAGGCUGAUCUGAGUUCUGACUAUCCUCCACUUCUCUGUCCCUCUCCCCAUUCUCCCAGUCCCCAGCCCUGUUGCUUAUGGCCUGGGGCUCAGCCUGACUAGCUAGGUGAGGCAGAAAUGGCUCCAGGCCAACAUUCUCAUGGCUUUGGGGGUAAUGGGCCCAGGGCAGCCUUCUCAAGUGUUCAGAGCCCACACCCCCAGUUACCCUGAGGCCAACUCAAUCUCUCAGCUUGGAAGCAGUGUUUAUACAAGCUUGGCCCUUGCUAACCCUGCUCACUGGGCCCAUCUGCCUGCAUUGCAGUCCCAAUCCUAGGGGCCCAUCCUUCACAGUCUCUGGAAUUCCUAGGGCUCAGCUUGCCUCACUCCAACCCAGUGGAGGCAGCCCUGUUUGUCACUGAAGAGCCCUAGGCAAGACUAAUGGGUUCAGUGAUGCCCACUGGCUCUCUGCCAAAGCCAAAAGGUGGUACAUCUUCAGGGUGCUGGCAGAGUCUCCGAUGCCACUCUGGCCCUCUGGGCCUGCAUGGGCCUCGCCCCUACCCUGUGGCCUCUGGGCUUUGGGUUGGCUUAACCUGUAGCAGACAGGGACUACUAUUGCCCUGGGAGCUGUCUUGAGCAAAAUCUCUCUUGUCCCAGAGGCACCUAUGUGGGUCCACUAUGUUCCCGGGCAUCAUCCUUCUGUCUUUUCUCAUUUUGACCAAGGGCGGGCUCCCUGGGGUGGGUGGGGAACAACUGCAGAGAUAUUAGUGAUUCAUAGGUUUGUAUAGUGUUUUAUACUUUGCAAAGCACUUUAUUAGCUCAUACCUGUCCACUCACAUGAAACUCGUGUAGGCCCUGGGAAGCCUAGGGUAACUCUCACCGUGCCCUCAAAUGAAGCACAGAGAGAUUGUUUCUUGCCCAGGCCAUCGGGUGGGCUGGCUGGGCCUUGGGUCCCCACCUAUGGACCCUUCUAGGGUCCAAGAUGAGAUCAGAAGUGUCUCUUUUAUCCAUCUUUUCCUGGCCUCCCUUCUCCCCUUCCCGGUCCCUCUCCACUCCUCAGGUUGGUGCUCUCUCUUUUUGAAAGCUCUAGGCUCCCCAGGCUCCCCAUUGGCUCCUGGUACUACCAAGGCCAGCUGAGAAAGAGCAGGAGAUGGAGGCAGGCAGCUCAGGCUGCAGAUGUGAGGGAUGCAGGGCCAGGCCCAGAGAGGGCUCAGCCUGGAGGCUUCCAAUCUCGGAUUCUCCUGUCUUGUGGUCAUCUGUUUGCCCAUCACCCCAGGACAGGGCAGACAGACAAAGGGGCACUGCACUGGGGACCCCAGAGCCCAGCUUCCCCUCGGCCCGGGGAAUAUCACAGCAUUUCAGUGUCGGUCACAUUUUAAACUGAUCAGCCUUUGUAUAAUGUUUUUUAAAUCAUUUCUAAAUAAAACAAAAAUACAGA